AUGUCUCCAUAUGAUCAAUGUUCAACUAAUAUUGAUUGCGGAUGUCUUCCUUUAACAAUAUCUGAUGAUAGUGGUCUUUGUGGUUUUCUUCGGAUUAAAUGUUCUCAUUUAGAACCAUGUGAAAUGCCAAAUGAUUACUGUAAAAAUCUUGAUCAUGUAUGUGUUCAUCAUCCUCGAUGUCAUCAUGUUUCUGUUUGUUAUCCACUAUUAAUGAUCGAUCAACGAAUCUGUCCACCAAAAAUAAGUAAAAAAAAUAAAUAUUAA